GCUCCACUACUCAACUCGCUCUUCUUCCUCUUUUGUGUUCACAGUUUUAAAUGUUGAUUUUAAAUUUUAAUUAGUUUUCCUUUUUAGUGCUAGAAGAAUUAAAUACUUUUAACCGUUUGUAGUCGUUAUCAUAAUAUUAUAUAUUCUUUAGAUCUACUCUCAAUCUCAGUCAUAAAUAAUAUUACCCAUUUACGACAACUUGUUGCAGUAAAACCAACAAACUUGAUUUUGAAUUAACGAAUUCAUAGUGUGUAUUUUGAUUUGGCAAAGUUUCUACUAUCAAAUUGUGACUAUAUAAUUUUUCGCAGUGUCAACAUGCCGAUGACUUGAACGUUGGCUGACGAGUGACGGUUUUAAAUACCCUCUAAAUUAGAGGCUCUAAUUAACAUGAUUAACAUAGACGCUCAUCAUCAUGAAGAAUAUCAUCGUUAAUAAAGUGGAUUUGACUUGACCGCAGAUUGCAUUGUUAUUAAUACAAGAAAUCGUUACUUAUAAAUUAAAGGUUGAUGAGAUAUCCGAUUUACUUAUCAGUUAAAGAGGAGGAGAAAAUUACUUCAAUUUAAAAUGUUCAACAAAAAGUAUGCUUCCAAGUCUUUCCACGUGAGGGUAAUGACCAUGGAUGCAGAGUUGGAAUUUGACCUUCAGUGGAAAGCAACGGGACGCGAUCUGUUUGAUCUUAUUUGUCGAACAAUUGGGCUAAGAGAAACGUGGUACUUUGGUUUGCAAUAUGAGGACAAUAGAGGAAAUAUCUCAUGGCUAAAAAUGGAUAAGAAAGUCCGAGAUCAACACCUGCCAAAAGAUGAUCUUAUUUUAUUCACGUUUCUUGCAAAGUUUUACCCAGAAGAUGUUGCGGAAGAAUUAGUACAGGACAUUACGCAACACUUGUUCUUUUUGCAAGUUAAGCAAGCCAUUCUUAAUAUGGAUAUUUAUUGUCCGCCGGAAGCCUCAGUUUUACUCGCUUCAUAUGCCGUAGAGGCUAAGUACGGGGACUAUGAUGAGCAAACGUAUGCCCCAGAAAUGUUGGCUUCCGAGGAUUUACUUCCUCAAAGAGUAAUAGAUCAAUACCAAAUGACACCGGAAAUGUGGGAAGAACGAAUUAAAAUAUGGUAUGCUGACCAUCGUGGAAUGUCAAGGGACGAGGCUGAAAUGGAAUACUUAAAGAUAACUCAAGAUCUGGAUAUGUACGGUGUUAACUAUUUCCCUAUCAGUAAUAAAAAGGAUAGCGAGCUUUGGCUAGGUGUUACAGCUUUGGGACUCAAUAUUUAUGAAAAAGACAACAAGUUAACCCCGAAAAUCAGUUUCCCUUGGUCUGAGAUCCGUAAUAUUAGUUUUGAUGAUAAAAAAUUUACAAUCAAACCCGUGGACAAGUCAGCUCCAAACUUUGUAUUCUUCUCUCAAAAGCUCCGAAUGAACAAGUUAAUCUUGGAACUGUGUAUCGGAAAUCACGACUUGUUCAUGCGACGAAGACGACCUGAUCCAAUGGAUUUACAGCAGAUGAAAACGCAAGCCAAGGAAGAAAAACUUAGGCGACAAAUUGAAAGGAGUAAAUUGGCCAGAGAAAAACAACUACGAGAAGCAGCAGAGAGGGACAAGUCUAUUUUAGAGCAAAAACUGUUAGAAUUUCAGGAAGAAAUCCGGCUUGCUAAGGAAGCUUUGUUAAGGUCUGAAGAAGCGGCCGACCACUUGGCUGAAAAAUCUCGUGUGGCUGAGGAGGAAGCCAAUAUAUUGAACCAGAAGGCAUCUGAAGCUGAACUUGAAGCAGAAAGAAUCCGACAAACGGCAAUAAAGACGGAAGAAGAGAAAGUACUCAUGGAACAAAAAAUGAGAGACACGGAGCAGUUAGUAUCUCGGAUGAUGCAAGAGUCUGAUAAGCGAAGUAUGGAAGCUGAUCGAUUGAAAACCGAGCUACUUAAAGCUAGACUAGCCGAAAAGGAAGCAAAGGAAAAAUUGUUACAGUUUUUAUCACAACCAGCAGUUGAAUAUCAACCAAUUUCUAUGAUGUCAAUUACCAACAAUAUGCAUCAAAUUCCCCUGGGAAUGAUACCAGAGAAAACAGUUAUGAGUUUAGAUGUGAGCCCGGAAAUAAGUUUGAAAGACCUGUUGGGUGACAUACCCCUAUCAAGUGGUAUGGAUUUGGACCCUCUUACUUUAGAAAUUGAAAAAGAACGAGUAGAAUACCUUGAGAAAAGCAAACAUCUUCAAGAACAACUUCGCGAUCUCAAGAAAGAAAUCGAGGGGCUGAAAUUAGAAGAAAAGCAAACUCCAUACGAUAUGAUUCAUCAGGAACAAGUUCUCUCUGGAGAAAAUAAGUACUCGACUCUACGAAAAAUCAAAUCUGGAUCAACUAAGUCAAGAGUUGCUUUCUUUGAAGAGCUAUGAGCAGCUUAUCCUAUUGCAUUAUCUAUCUGACUUUCUUUUAAUUUAUCGUACAAAGACAGCAGCGAAGAGAACAAAAAUGCAGCCAAUACAUGCAGCCAGAUAGAAGUGUUUGAAACAUUGUCGUUGUUAACAGUCUUACGACUACACAAGUCAUCGCAAAUCUGCUUUGGAUUUCGGACCAUUGCCGUCUUAAGAAAUAGUAUUUAAUAACUACGUUAUAUAUAACAAAUUGAUUGACAAUACUGGUUAACUUAUUACCGAGUGCCUUUUGACAUAUCUUUAAAAAUUCGGGUGCCACUAAUACCGUCGUCGUGCAGAAGUUCUUGCUUACAUACGUCUUACUCGAUAUCUAACUACCAAAAACUUCCUUGUGUAUCUAAUCGAUUUUGUCUUCAUUGUUUUCGUGAAGUGUGUUUCAUUAAGUGUUACCAAAGAUAACGAAGAAUCAUUUUAUUAGUUAUAUAUCACUUUUAUCUCUUGAGAUGUUUGUCAUUUUGCUCGAAUAUACUGUUGUGCAUGUAAUCAAAUGCAGCUAAGUUCCUUGAUAAUUAUAAUUUACCCAACUCGUUUUAAGAUUUUAACCCUAUACAUAAAGAACUUCUCUGUUGUACAUCUCAGUUUUAUUUAUUUUAUCAAUAAUUUUAUGCCGAUUGUGAUACGAAAAACUUAAUUUUGGUCAAUUAAUUUUACUAUGAUGACGAUAUGGUAUUGCUUAUGUAGAGAAUUACUUUAGUGCCAUAAAAAUCGUUAUGCUUAAACAAUUAAAAAAGUAAUAAGAUUUAUAUGAUAUACUCAAUAAUAAAGUUCAAAUUCUCUGUUAGCGAAUUAAUCAUAA